AGAGAGAGAGAGAGAGAGAGAGAGAGAGAAGGAUUCAAACUUCCGGUCGUGUGUCAUGGCGGCGCGGUGGAGUAUACUUGAAGAGAAAAAGCUAAACCCUGCUACUUAUGCUUUCUCGCUGUGAGAUUUUGCGGUGUGUUGGGCUGGUUAGUGUGCUGCAUUAGACGAAGCGGUUCGGAUUUGGGACUGCCAGGCGGGGGAGCGCCUGCAGUUUGCAUCCGCCUGACCAUGGCGGCACACAAGCCCGUGGAGUGGGUCCAGGCCGUAAUUAACCGAUUCGACGAGCAGCUUCCUAUUAAGACAGGACAUCAGAACACUCACACCAAAGUCAGCACAGAGCACAACAAGGAAUGUUUGAUCAACAUCUCCAAAUACAAGUUUUCCCUUGUCAUCAAUGGCCUGACCAACAUCCUCAAAAACGUUAACAAUAUGCGGAUAAUUGGCGAAGCUGGCGAAAAGAACCUCUACCUCUCACAGCUUAUCAUCCUGGACACUCUGGAGAAGUGCUUGGCAGGGCAAACCAAGGACUGCUUGCGUCUAGAUGAGGCCAUGCUGGUGAAGCAGUUGCUACCUGAGAUCUGCCACUUCCUUCACUCAUGUCGUGAGGGGCAGCAGCACGCCACCCAGCUGCGCAGCUCUGCUUCAGCCGUGCUCUUCUCUCUUAGCUGCAACAACUUCAGUGCUGUCUUCAGCCGCAUCUCCACAAGAUUACAGGAACUUACAGUAUGCACAGAGGACACUGUAGAUGUGCAUGACAUAGAGCUUAUUCAGUACAUCAAUGUUGAUUGCUCCAAGUUAAAGAGAUUACUGCAAGAAACUGUACUAAAAUUUAAAGCACUGAAGAAGCCUGCACAGCUCGCUGUCAUCAACAGUUUGGAGAAGGCUUUCUGGAACUGGGUGGAGUAUUAUCCUGAUGAGUUUACUAUGCUCUAUCAGAGACCGCAGGCUGAUAUGGCAGACUCUGCAGAGAAGCUGUUUGACCUGGUAGACAGUUUUGCUGAGAGUGCUAAGAGGAAAGCUGCUGUGUGGCCACUGCAAAUCAUCCUUCUCAUUCUCUGUCCUGAGAUCACACAGAGCAUCUCUAAAGAAGUGGUGGAGGAGAGCAAGGCUAACAAGAAGUUGUUUUUGGAGAGUCUAAGGAAGGCCCUGGCUGGUCACAGUAGCAGCAAGCAGUUGACGGAGAGUGCAGCCAUUGCCUGUGUAAAACUGUCUAAAGCCUGCACGUACAUUAACUGGGAGGAUCAUUCUGUCAUCUUCCUUCUGGUGCAGUCUAUAGUAAUGGACCUCAAAGCUCUCCUGUUCAACCCCACUAAGCCGUUCUCCAGGGGCACCGGGUGUCAGAGUGCUGACGUGGACCUGAUGAUCGACUGCUUUGUGUCCUGCUUCCGCAUCAACCCACACAACAACCAGCACUUCAAGGUCUGUCUGGCUUCCACCUCCCCACCAACCUUCCAUUUUGUCCUGGUCAACUCUCUACACAAAAUCAUUACUAAUUCUCACUUGGAUUGGUGGCCCAAGAUUGACACAAUCUACUGCUACUCUGGAGAACUGCGUGCCAUGUUUGCCGACACACAGGCCCGAGUCGUCCAGAGCCUUACUGCCCACGCACCACUAAGGAUGACACCAAGUUUGACAUUUAAAGAGAAGAUGACAACCAGCCUGAAGUUUAAAGAAAAGUCUGCCGAUCUGGACUCGCGCUCUCUUCUCCUGGCUUUGGUCAAACUCAUUCAUGCUGACCCCAAACUAAUGCUACAUAACCCUGGGAAGCAGGGCCAGGAGAUCCAGAACAGCACAGCUGAACUCAUCAUAGGCCUGAUCCAGCUUGUGCCCCUGACCCAUACUUCAGAGCUCUCUCAGGAGGCCAUGGAGGCACUUUUGGUGUUGCAUCAACCUGAGACCAUUGAGCUGUGGAACCCUGAUGCACCAAUUGAGACCUUCUGGGACAUCAGCUCUCAGGUCCUGUUCCUUAUCUGUAAGAAGUUGAUUGGCCACCAGAUGAUCAACAGCACAGAGAUCUUGAAGUGGCUGAGAGAGAUUCUUAUCUGCAGGAACAAGUUCCUACUGAAGAAUAAAGAGAGUGCCACACAGGGGAGUCUAAUCCCCAUCAGCAGACAAGCACAGACCAAGCUGGAAGUGUGCCUGUAUUCAUUUCUGUGGAGCCCAGACGCUGAGGCCGUGCUGGUGGCCAUGUCCUGCUUUCGGCACCUGUGUGAGGAGGCAGACGUCCGCUGCAGUGUUGACGAGCUGCCUGUACACACAGUCCUGCCCAACUACAAUACUUUCAUGGAGUUUGCUUCCGUCAGCAACAUGAUGGCCACAGGUCGCUCUACCUUACAGAAAAGAGUGAUGGCAUUAUUAAGGAGGAUCGAGCAUCCUACAGCUGGGAACACAGAGGCAUGGGAGGACACGCUUGCUAAAUGGGAACAAGCAACAAAACAAAUACUAAACCAUCCGAAGAACAAAGUUGAAGAUGGUCAGGAGUGGAUCAACAUGACAGGCUUUCUGUGUGCUCUGGGUGGAGUUUGUCUGCAGCAGCGCAGUACUCCCAGCCUUGGUACCUACAGCCCACCCUUGGGGCCAAUGAGUGAGCGCAAGGGCUCCAUGAUCUCCAUGGGCUCGUGUGAAGUGAACAGUGAGACACCCCUCAGCAGGUUCCUGGAGAGGUUGCUGUCCCUCAUGGUGUGCACACACGAGAAAGUGGGCUUGCACAUCCGCACCAAUGUUAAAGAUCUGCUGGGACUGGAGCUGAGCCCAGCCCUCUACUCGAUGCUCUUCACCAAAUUGCGCAACAGCAUCGGACGUUUCUUUGACACCCAGGGGCCGGUGCCUAUAAAUGACACAAAUACAUUAUUUGUGGAGCAGACUAUUGCCAUCAUGAAGAACCUUCUGGACAGCCACACUGAGGGCAGCUCUGAGCACCUUGGUCAGGCCAGCAUUGAGACCAUGAUGCUCAACUUGGUCAGAUAUGUGCGCAUUUUAGGGAAUGGGGUUCAUGCGAUACAGAUUAAGACUAAACUAUGUCAACUCGUUGAGGUUAUGAUGGAACGCAGAGAUGAUCUCUCCUUCUGCCAAGAGAUGAAAUUCAGGAAUAAGAUGGUGGAGUACCUGACUGACUGGGUGAUGGGCACCUCCAAUCAAGCAGCAGAUGAUGAUGUGAAAUAUCUCACACGGGACCUUGACCAGGCCAGUAUGGAGGCUGUGGUGUCUCUACUGGCUGGUUUACCACUACAACCUGAAGAAGGAGAUGGAGUGGAGCUGAUGGAGGCCAAGUCUCAGCUUUUUCUUAAGUACUUCACUCUGUUCAUGAACCUUCUGAAUGACUGCAGUGAGGUGGAGGAAGAUGGGCAGCAGGUGGGUGAAAGAAAGCGGGGCAUGUCCCGACGUCUUGCCUCACUACGGCACUGCACUGUACUGGCCAUGUCCAACCUGCUCAAUGCCAACGUGGACAGUGGCCUCAUGCACUCUAUAGGACUGGGCUACCAUAAAGACUUACAGACCAGGGCUACAUUCAUGGAGGUGUUGACUAAGAUCCUGCAGCAAGGCACAGAGUUUGACACUCUGGCCGAGACUGUUCUGGCCGAUCGCUUUGAGAGGCUGGUGGAGCUGGUCACCAUGAUGGGGGACCAGGGGGAGCUUCCCAUCGCCAUGGCACUGGCCAAUGUGGUUCCCUGCUCCCAGUGGGAUGAGCUGGCCAGGGUGUUGGUGACGCUGUUCGACUCCAGGCACCUGCUCUACCAGCUGCUUUGGAAUAUGUUCUCUAAAGAGGUGGAGCUGGCUGACUCCAUGCAGACUCUCUUCAGAGGCAACAGUCUGGCUAGCAAGAUCAUGACCUUCUGCUUUAAGGUGUAUGGCGCUGCUUAUCUGCAGAAGCUGCUUGAGCCACUGAUGCGAGGCGUAAUCACAUCUCCUGAGUGGCAGCACAUCAGCUUUGAGGUUGACCCCACCAGACUAGAACCUAGUGAAAACCUGGAGGAGAACCAACGGAACCUGCUGCAGAUCACAGACCGUUUCUUCCUGGCCAUCAUUAACUCCUCCAGUGAGUUUCCUCCUCAGCUGCGAAGCGUAUGCCACUGUUUGUACCAGGCUACUUGCCACUCCCUACUGAAUAAAGCCACUGUUAAAGAAAAAAAGGAAAACAAAAAAUCCGUGGUGAGCCAGCGUUUUCCACAGAACAGCAUUGGUGCUGUUGGCAGUGCCAUGUUCCUGCGCUUCAUCAACCCUGCCAUAGUUUCUCCAUACGAGGCAGGCAUCUUGGAUAAGAAGCCUCCUCCUCGGAUUGAGCGGGGCCUCAAACUCAUGUCUAAGAUUCUCCAGAGUAUCGCCAAUCAUGUCCUCUUUACCAAGGAAGAGUAUAUGAGGCCAUUUAAUGAUUUUGUGAAAAACAACUUUGAGGCAGCAAGGAGAUUUUUCUUAGAUAUAGCAUCUGACUCCCCUCCUAGUGAUUCAGUCAAUCAUAGCCUGUCCUUCAUCAGUGAUGGUAAUGUGCUUGCCCUGCACCGUCUGCUCUGGAACAACCAGGAGAGGAUUGGGCAGUAUUUAUCCAGCAACAGGGACCACAAGGCUGUUGGUAGAAGACCCUUUGAUAAGAUGGCUACACUCUUGGCGUAUCUUGGUCCCCCUGAACACAAACCUGUGGCAGACACUCACUGGUCCAGUCUCAACCUCACCAGUUCCAAGUUCGAGGAGUUCAUGACCAGGCACCAGGUCCAUGAAAAAGAAGAAUUCAAAGCCCUGAAGACACUUAAUAUCUUUUACCAGGCAGGGACAUCUAAGAAUGGCAACCCUGUCUUCUAUUAUAUUGCUCGAAGGUUCAAAACAGGGCAGAUCAAUGGUGACCUCCUAAUCUACCAUGUACUACUCACACUCAAACCAUACUAUGCUAAACACUACGAGAUAGUUGUGGACCUCACCCAUGUUGGCCCUAGCAACCGCUUCAAGACUGACUUCCUCUCCAAGUGGUUUGUUGUGUUUCCAAACUUUGCCUAUGAGAAUGUGGCUGCUGUCUUUAUCUAUAACUGCAACACCUGGGUGCGUGAAUACACUAAAUACCAUGAGCGUCUGCUGACUGGUCUAAAAGGCAGUAAGAAGCUGCUGUUUAUUGACUCGCCUGCACGCCUUGCCGAAUACGUGGAACCUGACCAGCAGAAGCUGCCUGCUUCAACCCUGGCCCUGGAGGAGGACCUCAAAGUUUUCCAUAAUGCACUUAAGCUUGCUCACAAAGACACAAAAGUGUCCAUUAAGGUUGGAUCCACAGCUGUACAAGUAACCUCAGCUGAGCGUACCCGUGUUCUGGGCCAGUCAGUCUUCCUCAAUGAUAUCUACUAUGCCUCUGAGAUUGAAGAGAUCUGCCUUGUUGAUGAAAACCAGUUCACACUAACUAUCGCCAACCAAGGCACACCCCUCACCUUUAUGCACCAGGAAUGUGAUGCCAUAGUGCAGUCCAUCAUCCAUAUCCGUACACGCUGGGAGCUCUCUCAGCCUGACUCCAUUCCCCAACACACCAAAAUCAGGCCUAAAGAUGUGCCUGGAACAUUACUCAACAUUGCCCUCCUCAACUUAGGCAGUUCUGACCCCAGCCUGAGGUCAGCAGCAUACAACCUUCUGUGUGCCUUAACCUGCACCUUCAACCUCAAGAUUGAAGGGCAACUCCUGGAAACAUCUGGCUUAUGCAUCCCAGCAAACAACACCCUUUUUAUUGUGUCCAUCAGUAAGACUUUAGCAGCCAAUGAACCCCACCUCACCCUGGAGUUUCUAGAAGAAUGCAUCAGUGGUUUCAGCAAGUCAAGUAUUGAACUGAAGCACCUGUGUCUGGAAUAUAUGACCCCUUGGUUGCGCAACCUGGUGCGCUUCUGUAAGCACAAUGAUGAUGCCAAGCGGCAACGCGUAACUGCCAUUCUGGAUAAGCUGAUCACCAUGACCAUCAAUGAGAAGCAGAUGUAUCCAUCAAUUCAGGCUAAGAUCUGGGGCAGCCUGGGCCAGAUAUCAGACCUGCUCGAUGUGGUGUUGGAUAGCUUCAUAAAGACCAGCGCUACUGGGGGUCUGGGAUCAAUCAAAGCUGAAGUAAUGGCUGAUACAGCUGUGGCUCUGGCAUCUGGAAAUGUUAAAUUGGUUUCAAGCAAGGUGAUUGGCCGAAUGUGCAAGAUAAUUGACAAGACGUGCCUGUCUCCUACUCCUACCCUGGAGCAGCACCUGAUGUGGGAUGAUAUCGCCAUUCUGGCGCGCUACAUGCUCAUGCUUUCCUUUAAUAACUCUCUGGAUGUGGCGGCCCACUUGCCUUACCUUUUCCACGUGGUCACUCUGCUGGUGGCUACAGGACCCCUGUCCCUCAGAGCCUCCACCCACGGCCUGGUCAUUAACAUCAUCCACUCACUGUGUACCUGUUCCCAGCUCAACUUCAGCGAGGAGACUAAACAGGUGCUGCGACUGAGUCUCACCGAAUUCUCCUUGCCCAAGUUCUACCUGUUGUUUGGCAUCAGUAAGGUCAAAUCAGCAGCGGUCAUAGCAUUCCGCUCCAGCUACAGAGACCGCUCAUUCUCUCCAGGCUCUUACGAGAGGGAGACAUUUGCCCUGUCUUCGCUAGAGACUGUCACUGAAGCCCUUCUGGAAAUUAUGGAGGCUUGUAUGAGGGACAUUCCCGGGUGCAAAUGGUUAGACCAGUGGACAGAGUUAGCUCAGAAAUUUGCUUUCCAGUAUAAUCCGUCUCUGCAGCCACGGGCGCUGGUGGUGUUUGGCUGCAUCAGUAAACGUGUAACUCAUGGUCAGAUCAAACAGAUCAUCCGGAUCCUCAGCAAAGCCAGUCCUCUGCUCAGCAUUGACCGGGGGCUGGAGAGCUGCUUAAAAGGGCCGGAUAAUUACAACAGUCAGGUUCUCAUUGAAGCCACUGUCAUCGCUCUCACCAAGCUACAACCCCUCCUCAGUCAGGACUCUCCCAUGCACAAGGCCUUAUUCUGGGUGGCAGUAGCAGUACUGCAGCUGGAUGAGGUAAAUCUGUACUCAGCAGGGACUGCACUGCUGGAGCAGAACCUGCACACACUCGACAGCCUCCGGGUGUUUAAUGACAAGAGUCCUGAGGAGGUCUUUAUGGAGAUUCGGAAGCCUCUAGAAUGGGACUGUAAACAAAUGGACCAUUUUGUUGGCCUUAACUUUAACUCCAACUUCAAUUUUGCACUAGUGGGACAUCUGCUAAAAGGUUACAGACACCCAUCCUCAACCACGGUUGCAAGAACAGUGCGUAUCCUCCACACACUUCUGGGUCUGGUGGGAAAACACCGCAACUGUGACAAAUUUGAGGUGAACACUCAGAGUGUGGCCUACCUGGCAGCUCUGCUCACGGUGUCGGAAGAGGUGCGCAGCCGCUGCAGUCUCAAACACAGGAAGUCUUUGCUUCUUUCAGAUGUUACCAUGGAGAACUUCCCUGUGGACACUUACUCAGUUUAUCACCCUGAGCCUGGAUGCAGGCCACUAAAGGAGAGUCAGCCAUGGACAUCGCCCAAAGUAUCAGAACGCUACCUGGCAGCAUAUUAUCCCACAAUGGGGCAGACUAGCCCACGCACACGCAAGUCCAUGAGUGUCGAUAUGGGGCAGCCUUCACAGGCCAAUGCCAAGAAGCUACUGGGCACCAGAAAGAGUUUUGACCAUCUGAUAUCAGACUCCAAAGCACCAAAGAGACCAGAGAUGGAAACAGGCAUCACCACUCCUCCGAAAAUAAGGCGUGUGGCUGAGAAUGACUAUGACAUUGAGACACAAAGAAUAGCCAACUCCCAUUUGCGCAAGGUCUCUGUGUCCGAGUCCAACGUACUGCUGGAUGAGGAGGUGCUCACUGACCCCAAGAUCCAAAUGCUGCUUCUUACUGUGCUGGCCACACAAGUGAAGUACUCGACUGAUGAGUUCCACCAGAGGAUUCUGUAUGAGUAUUUGGCUGAAGCCAGUGUGGUUUUUCCAAAGGUGUUCCCCGUGGUGCACAAUCUACUGGACUCAAAGAUCAGUACACUGCUGUCCAUGUGCCAGGACCCCAACCUCCUGAACCCUGUUCACGGCAUCGUUCAGAGUGUGGUCUACCACGAGGAGUCUCCCCCUCAGUACCAGCCCUCCUGUCUGCAGAGCUUCGGUUUUAAUGGACUUUGGAGGUUUGCCGGCCCUUUCUCUAAGCAAACCCAAAUCCCGGAUUAUGCUGAACUAGUGGUAAAGUUCUUGGAUGCUCUGAUUGAUACCUACCUUCCGGGUAUCGAAGAGGAAGGAGGCGAGGAGUCCCAGCGAACGCCAACCUCUCCGUAUCCACCCAUCGUUCAGAGCCAGCUAAGCAUCACUGCCAACCUCAACUUGUCCAACUCCAUGACCUCGUUGGCGACGUCGCAACACUCACCAGAGGGCCCCAUAGUUUAUAGACGCUCCCCAACUUUGUCCCAUGCCAGGACAUCAGAAGAGAUGCCACCGAAAACCGCUGCCUCUCUACCUUGCUCUAAGUCAACUGUAUUCCCACCACACCUCGUCUUCCCAGCAGGUAUUGAUAAGGAGAACGUGGAGCUGUCUCCCACUUCCAGCCUGUGCAGCAGCGGCAGAGCGCGCCAUGGUUCAGCCAGCCAGGUGCAGAAACAGCGAAGCACUGGCAGCUUCAAACGCACCAGCAUCAAGAAGAUCGUCUGAACACGCUCUGAGACCUGACCCGGCAUUCAGAAGGCUGCAUUAACCAUCCUUCAUAAACUGUUUCCGUUCCAUGUUCUCCAGUCUAAGAUGGUUCCUUGCGUAAGAGAACUGCUUUAGUUUGACCUUAGUUUGGUGUGGAAGCCAGAAGAUUAGUGUUUACCUGUGUGGGAUGUUUGCUUUUACAGGUGCAUGAAGAGGAAAAAGUUGCAAACCUGCAGUUCAUAUCUUUUUCCUCACCACUGACUUUUCAGUUUCCACUCUGAUAGUCAGGGGAACAAGAAGGAAUCCACAUGGCUAUAAAGAAAGCUAAUUUAAUAUUUAGGAUAAGCAGAAGAUUAUACAGACUGUAGAAGCAGCUUACUUGAAAAUGUUCUGAGAUUUUGGGGCUAAACAUCUGAAGGCCUGUAAUGGUGAGCGAAGUCUGAAAAGACUAUAAAACCAGUGGUAGACUUAAAUAACCACUACAACACCUGACCAAACUGACUGUGGAGAACAAAGGCCUCAAAGUCAGGAUUUACCUGGGUCCAUUUGUCCUGGACGAUUGAAUCCGCAGGUCUUCGUAGACCCUGUUAUCAACAGGCUUGAAAUCCAGACUGCGAUCGGACGUCGUCGUGAUGCCGUGCAGAUGUAUAUACCGAAACUAUGUGUAUGAUGAUGACAAUGAUGCUCACACAUUUUGGGUUGUUGUUCUGUCCAUUGUGUGCCUUUGUCAGGUCUACCAGCUGUGUAUAGUUUGUAAGAUAAGCUGAAGAAGGGGAAAAACAGGUACUAAUUAUUGAGAAUUUUCUUCAUGUUAUACAUAUGUCCAUACAUUGCUGCACUGUAAAAACAAAACUAAAAAACAAAACAAAAAAUCAUAUCUUCAAAUAUAUAGUUAUCAUUACUUGCUGCAUUUACUGUACAUAUUUAUUCUGUGAAGUUAGCUAACUCAAAAUCAGUGACAGUAUCCCUUAUAAUCACCGGUGUCUUUAUAACCAUCUGUUAUUCAAAUAAUAUUGACAAGAACAAUAAUAUUGACGAGUGCUAUAUGAUUAAAUUCCCAUAAUACUGAGCAUAGCAAAAUGACAUUUGGGAGCAAAAGUAAUUUCAAAUGACCUUGCAAAUAUAUGGUGUUGUGUCUGUUUUAUGUUAGUGUGCUUAAAGGGCAUAAGACAGAAAGAGAUGGAGAUGACAUGGGGUGUGUGCUCUGCUGUUGGUACCCAUUCAGUCAGAAAGCAUUUAGCAAAGUGGUACAGAAUUCUCUGGACACUGCGAGCGAGUCAUGGUGACAUAGAUUGCAAUAAGGAGAGUAGGACGUUUUCCUUCAUGACUGGUGGUCAUGUCUUAUAACACUCAUAUGGCCCGUUUUCCUUUGCUUGUUACGCGUCAACAUAUGGAAGGUGUUCGUCUAUAAGUGUAUACGUCUAUUGUCCCCACAUGAGGACAAAUGUGCAGUUUAUUUACAUUUUCAACUACAAACGACGCCACUACAGUGGAGAAUCCACAAUGCAUUAAACUGAAAGGUCAAGGCCUGAGGAGGUUUGCUGAUUAUGUGCAAUAUUCUCGAACAUAUUCCUACAGCCUUUCCCCACUCUUUUUCUCUCGUGUUUUUUUUUUUUUUUUUUUUUUAUAAAAGAGUAAAAGGCGAAAAUUAUUUUUGCCACUUUACCAUUGUAGCUUUUUUUUUUUUCUUUUCCUCCAAGGAGCUUGUUUCGUCUUGUUGACUGUUUUUUAAAGGGAACUGUAACACUAAAAAGGGCAUCUACCAAAUGCAUUACCCAGUUCUUGUUUAAGAAAACCAAAGUUAUUUGUUGAUUGAGAUUCUGUGGUAAAUUUAUUCAACCACUAUACCCGUUUUCAAACACUCAAUGUUGAACAAAUGGAUUUGAAUGGUUUGCUCAUGGCAUAUGGGUUUUGUUCAUUAUUAAUUAACAGUGGCUCGUGCUUUGCUUUUGAAUCGGGACCAAACCUGUCUUGCAGUUAUUUUCAUCGGCUUUUUUUUUUUUUUUUUUUUAUCUUUAUGUUCUGAUUGCCUUAUAACUACAGUAUUUUAUUCUUCUCGUGUGUUAUACCAGUGUCUGUAUAAAACUGCACUCAUUUAAAGGUGAUGCAGUAUUACUCUUCUCAGUUGGGGAUUUUGCAGCGUUGUCCUGUUUCUCUCACUUGUUGACAGAUUGGUAAUAUCAAUUGCAGGGUCACUCUUAAUGCGUUAGAACAUGUCAGUUCCACACAGAGGACUGAAGUGGGUAAGGAUGAGUCGGUUUAAGCCUGUGAUAUUCCCUCUCUGUUCCUCAAGUUCGUUAAUCUCGGACAUCUAUUUGAUAGGACACAGCUAAACUGAAUCUGAAGUUCUCAGGAUAUACAGGAGUCUAAUAUCUAAAGCUAUAGAUGCAGGCAUGAUAGUUUUCUGCCUGCACAUCAGUUAAUUUGUAGCAUGCUUUGCCCUUGAAAUGUGUAUGAACUAUGACAUUAGCAAACGUCUUACUCAUUUCCAUCCCGAUUUCUGGUUUAAAGAAAAUAAGUAACAAUGUGUAUUUUAUAAUGCAAAACUGUGUUGGUCUGAAGCAUAUACAGUGUUUUAAUUGCACCAAGUCAUCUGUAAACAGCACAUUAGUCAUCUGUAAAUAUUUUUGUGUAAAAUUGGAAGUUAUAUGAUUGUAAAUAAAACAUUGUAUUGCUUUUUUUGUAAAGCAGUUAGUUGCUGUACAUGUAUAACAUGGCAAUUUAAUUAUACCUGUGUUCAUAAUAAAAGUUGUCCACUACCCUGUCACAGUGAUUAUCAA